AUACCUACGACAACCUCUCCUCUCCCUCCCACCCCACCGCGCGGGAAGACUUAGCCGCGCCCUUGAGCGACUCAUCCGGAAGGCCGCGGGUUCUGUUCGCGGGAGAGGCGACAGAAACAAACCACUUCUCGACGGUACACGGCGCCGUUGAUUCUGGGAAGAGGGAGGCGGCGAGACUGCUGCCGAGCAGUAAGAUUUAAUUUUCUGGGGUGUGUUAUACCCCGGGGUGUUUUGGACCCCAGUUGGGUUGAUUUUGUGUGAUACCCAGCUGAGGUGAAAAUAUCUCGGUUUGCCUGUGCACCCCGACUGGGGUAUUUAUCUGGGAUGUAUUAUACCCCGGGGUGUUUUACCCCAGUUGGGUUGAUUUUGUGAUACCCAGCUGGGGUAAAAAAACCUUAGGUCGCCUAUGCAAACAAUCUGGGGUAUUUAUUAACCCCUGGGGUGCCUUUACACCCCACCUAGAUUGCUUAGUUACUGGUGCCGGCUUAGUAUGCGCGUCACGGUCUAUUAUAGUUGAUUUUGGACUCAAAUGUAUGGGCUCAUCAUUGUGUGCACACAAUUAUACCCCGGGGUGUUUUGGACCCCAGUUGGGUUGAUUUUGUGCUACCCAGCUAGGGUAAAAAUUAGACAUGCCACGAAUAUUCGGCUACUAUUCGGUAUUCGGCCUAUUCGGCCACUUUGUUUGGUAUUCGGUAUUCGGCCGAAUAAUAGGUACUAUUCGGCCGAAUACCGAAUACCAAAUCAUGGAAAAAAAAGACCCAUAAUAUUAAUCAAGAUUUGUCUUUAUUAUCAAACUACCUUUCCGCCCGCAGAUUCGCCCGCGUGUAAUCUUGUCUGUCACAGAAAAACAAUAUCGCACGCGUAUUUGCUCACCGUUUAGACCUACCCUGGACUACGACAAACAUUUUGAAACCAAAAUCAGCUCAAUCGGCCCAGUCGUUCUCGAGUUUUAAUCAGACUAACGAACAUCAAUUCAUUUUUAUUUAUAUAGAUAGAUAGAUAGAUUACAAUACUUUAAUAAGUAAAAUUAAACAGCGGUAAGUUGUGAUGGAUAAAAACAAGCUUUUCAGCAUUUGACGGUAGCAAACGAUUACGCUUUUCAUCAUAAAUGAUAGAUACCAGCUUCAGAAAACAACCUCUCACUAUACACGCUACUCCCGGGAUAAGAAAGAUAAACUUUAGCAAAUUUCGAGAGGUUUGGGUAUUGUUUUUCAUUAGCUGACCACCACUUGUAAGGAUCAGCUUUCCGAUCUAGUCAAUUUGAUUUUAAAUAAAAAUCCAUCUCAUUUGCCACAGUAUUCUUCUCCACGUUCUCCUUAUCAUUACUAUUUCGCAUAUUAUCUUUAGCGACUUCCUCAAAGCAGUUCCAGAAACUGUCGUGUAUUUCAAGACGACACGACAGACAGUAUGCCUACCAUGAGUUUACGUUAGGUGUGCUCGCUAGCGACUGCGUAAAAAAAUGACAUUUAAAUGUAUGACAUAUUGUGCAGCGCCCCUAGCGGCUACUUUCAAGAAAUAAAAUCUUCAUAGAAUUUUUUGACGUAUUCGCUAGCGAGCUCACCUAACGUACACUCAUGGUAAGCACACAGGUCGCAACCUGUCGUAUUAUUAUUUACGCACUCGACUAGCAUGUACUUUGUGCCGAAUAUUCGGCCGCCGAAUAUUCGGCGCUUCGGCCGACAGCGUUGCCGAAUAUUCGGUAUUCGGUAUUCGGCCAAAUCACUAUUCGUGGCAACUCUAGUAAAAAUACCUUUUUAAGUGACCCCUAUAUGGUAACACAUAACAGGAAUUUUGUUUUCAUAGGGGUCACUUAAAAAUUAGGGAUUGAUGGAAAAAACGGGCAUCAAUGUCUUAAAUCGACAAAAUGCCUCGCGGCAGUUAGAUCUACAAUAACCUUUCCUCUCCCUCCCACCCCACCGCGCGGGAAGACUUAGCCGCGCCCUUGAGCGACUCAUCCGGAAGACCGCGGGUUCUGUUCGCGGGAGAGGCGACAGAAACGAACCACUUCUCGACGGUACACGGGGCCGUUGAUUCUGGGAAGAGGGAGGCGGCGAGACUGCUGCCGAGCAGUAAGAUUUAAUUUUCUGGGGUGUGUUAUACCCCGGGGUGUUUUGGACCCCAGUUGGGUUGAUUUUGUGUGAUACCCAGCUGGGGUAAAAAUACCUCGGGUUGCCUAUGCACCCCAACUGGAGCAAAAAAUUCCCCAGAAUACCCCAAUAGGUACGAAAAGUAAUAUAACAAGCUCCGUUAAGCUUUAGACUAGUCGUUCGAAUGUACAUUUUCAUUCUGUCCAUAGGCACCCUGGGGUAUUUAUUUACCCCAGUUGGGAAGCAAACGAAAAACCUAAUCGACCCUACUAGAGUUCACAGGCACACCGGGGUAUUUAUUUACCCCAGUUGGUAUUUUAUUUAGGCGACAAACGACAACUUCCGUUUGGCAUCCUUCUAACUAAGCAAUCUAAGUGGCCAAAUAAGGCUAUUCAAAUGGGGUUUGUAGUUACCCCAAACCUUAUCAAAUGUCUCUCGAUCUACCAGUAAAGGCUCAAUUUAUGAGCAACGUGACCUUAUCAAAUGACAUUAACCUAAUAAACAGUGACUUAUACAUCAUCACCCAAAGAGGAUGGUCAGAAUAAACAAUGCUUGGGGUCUGAAAUGACCCCCAUAUACUUUUAUAAAUAAAUAUACACACCACAGUAAAUAUAAAUCAAUUAGGUAUAACAAGUGUAUUUUUAUAGGAAUAUUUGCAAAUGUCUUUCAUAUUUAUUUACUCAAUAUUAUUAUACUCAAACAGUACAAUUUAAAAAUAUUUUAUACAGUUGACAUUACGACACUGAUUAGAGCCUUAUAAUACAGACAUAAUAAAUAAAUAUAAAUAAAUAAAUAUCCUUGGACAUUUUACACUGCUUAUUUUAUAAUGUUCAAAAUCCAGUGAUGAAAUUAUAUUUUUUUAUAAUAAUAUAGUGACGAUAUCAGAAAAUCUGGUAAAAGUCAACAACUCAUGAUUUUUUCAUACAUAUUUUGUCAGUGUUUAACUUCUCUACCCCAUUGAUUUCGAUAUUAAGCUUUCGGUGGGGUAAAAUAAGGUCAUAGCGUCUGGUCUGUGAGCACGUAGAAUUUUGUCCAAUGACCCCAAGCUACCCAUCCUUAUCGCUCGCGCGUAAUUAUGUUGCUAUCGCGCUCGCACACUCUCUGCGGGCGCCCGUCGCACAGUCGCGACAGCAAUAUAAUUACGCGCGAGCGAUAAGGAUGGGUAGCUAGGGGUCAUUGGACAAAAUUCUACGUGCUCACGGUCGGGGCUUUUAGUCAUAGCAGACUUAUCAACUCGGAAAGGGAUCAACACCGUAUCGCUAUCGCCUUUCGCGCGCUGUCAACCGCGAGGCGAGGCGUUUUCGUUGCGGUGCGGUUAAAAGUGUGCGUUAUGGAGUUUUGUACAAAGAAUACUGACCGCCUCGAGUUGAUACGGUUACGAUCCCUUUCCGGGUUGAUAAGUGUGCUACGUCCUUUAUAAUAAAACUAAAUAUACCCAUUUAUAUAUUAUAUAUAAUAUAUUAUAUGUAUAAUAUAUUCUUUUGACAGGUGAAAAACACUUCAGCUGUGAAUGUAGCUAAGAUUGGUAAUUUUUUAUGUUAUUUUUGUUAAUUAAUGCAUUUUCCGAGUGUGCCGUUUCUUUUGAAUGUAUACUCAUAGAAUUUGUUGUGUCUUCCAGUUUGUCAUUCAUAGAUUCGUCUUCUCCAUAUAAAGUCCUCAGGCACUGAGUUAAACUUUAGACCUAUAGUAAUGAGCAUGUUUAGUUGACAGUUUUUGCCAUAACACUGCCUUUGACAUUCCUACUGCUUUUUCAUAAGUUGUUUUUAAAAGCUGUAUGAACUAAAGCCCGGUCUGUGAGCACGUAGAAUUUUGUCCAAUGACCCCAAGCUGCCCAUCCUUAUCGCUUGCGCCCAAUUAUGUUGCUGUCGCGCUCGCACACUCACUGCGGGCGCGCGUCACACAGUCGCGACAGCAAUAUAAUUACGCGCGAGCGAUAAGGAUGGGUAGCUUGGGGUCAUUGGACAAAAUUCUACGUGUUCGCAGACCAGACUAUAGAAUGAAUGAUCAAAAUGCAUUAAAAAAUGCUGCAACUUAAUGGCGCCACUGUCUUAGCCACAAAUAAGUGACAGGACCUUACUCGCCAGUGGCGCCAACUGGUGAGUACAAAGGAAAUCCCCAUUGGAUAACUGAGAUUUUGAUUUUGACUUGAGAUUAUUUUAUAUUCCUACUUACUCUAAAAUUGCAAUGUGUUAUUAGUGAAUAUUAUAAAUAAACUCAUUUUUAUUAAUGUUUAAUAAUUCUGAGGCAAACCAAUACCAAAUAAAUUAUUAAAAUUUCAUUUUUUUACUAACGUGAUUUUUUUUUCUCUAAACUAUGAAUAGUGUCUACUAGUAAACCACCCAAUUAUUGGCACUUUAAGCAGCUACUUCACAAAACCGGUAAAAUUUACAUGUAAAAAUAUGUUUUAUCAAAGAUAAAAACAUUUAUAUUGGUCUUUUAAUCUUUGCAGAAUAUUAUAAAGUACUUAUCAUUAAUAAAUUAAAUCAUUUAUUCAAUAUAGUGUACCUUUUAAAAAAAUACCUCAAAAUACCAGUUGUUGGCAUAGCCAAACCUUUUAUUGGUAGUGAUAAUUACCUAUUAUUGGCACUGUUCUCGCAAGACUGAAAAAUAGCUGCUAGGUCUUAUGUAGAGGUUUUAAAGAGAUUCAUGAUAGAAAUAAACAAAAUAAAAUCCUUUGUUUAAAGAAAAGUAACAUUAUUUUUGUAUAGGAACAUACCAAAUCAGUUCAAACGCUUAUAUUUAAAUAUGGUUUUAAACUUUCCAUAACCACUUUUAUCAAAUCUUCUUUUCUCUUCGGAAAUCCUUUUUUGCUACUGAUUUUUAUUUUAUCCAGUCAACAAAAAGCUGUUCUUCCUCGUCAGUUAAGACUGUGAACGGACCGGUCUUAGAGCGAUGAUCAGGAUGUUUCAAUCUGAAUUGACGAGACCGUGGCACCACUUUCGAAGCCUUUCACAGGCUUAUUCCACUAAUCCCCGUCAACGGGGAUUAGUGAACUUUUUAUUCAUUAAUCCCCGCUAACGUCAAUGGAGCUUAUAAUGGGGAUUAAUGAACUAAAAAAUUCAUUAAUCCCCAUUACUUUAUUGUAUUUUUCAUUAUUCAGAAAACUACGUUAAAAAAUAAAAUACUGAUGUAAGAAUCAUGUACCUCCUAUUUAUUAUUGGAUAACAAGUCCUUAUUGAUUAUUUUUAUAAUCAAAUUAAAUUAAAUUUAAGCCUUAUUACAAAGCUAUUGAUUUACACCAUUUUUAUCUUGUUACAUUUUGGGCCAAAUUUGUAUGUAAUCGUUUCCAUCUUCUUUUAAAUGAUGAAUGAGGAAUAACGAUUCCAUAUCCAUAGUGCUUUUGGUUAAUCAGGUAAGUGUUAAUUUUUUUUAAGUAUUGUAAUCAGUCUUAAAUUUAAUUUAAUUUGAUAAUAAAAAUAUUAAGUGAGUUCUUAUCCAAUAAUAAAUAGAAGGUACCUGAUUCUUACAUUAGUAUUUUUUUUAACGUUAUAAACUCCAUUGGCGUUAACGGGGAUUAAUGAACAAAAAGUUCACUAAUCCCGUUGACGGGGAUUGUCAACGGGGAUUAGUGGAAUAAAACUUUGAAAGGCUUUGAAAGUGGCUAAAAAGAUAAUAUUUUUAUUGGCACCUUUUUAACCAAUGUUUGACACCCGUGCCAAUAAAUGGAUUUUAUAUAAUUGGCAGUGGGCCAACAUUUGGAUUGGUGUAUCCAAAACGUUAGAAAAUAUAUUAAAUGCAAUUUAAACUCAAUUUUGAGACAAACAAGGUAUAAUUUUAAAUAAACUCAAAUUAUUUUAAAUACCCUUUUAUUGGCAUGUGUGCCAAUAAAAUGGAUAAACAGAUUUUACGCAUACCAAAUGUUGGCAUACUACAAAUAAUUAAAAGUUGGCGGUUAAAUUAUAAAAUAAUGUUUUAAAAAGGCAGUUAAUAUAUUCAAUAAUAAGACAAAAUGAUUAUGUAUAAGAAAAACAAAAUAGAUUUGCAUUUUUUGAAAAGAUUAUGAUAGCUCUUACCUUAGUAAAAAACGAAUAUUUCGAUUGUUUUUUUCGCACAGGUCCCGGUUUGUCAAACAAAUGGUUGAAGCGCCGCGAUGUUUGAAAAAAUAAAAAACGUGUGUAGCCAGUUGAGUAAUAAAUGAUAUUACUCUUCAAUUUCUACUAAAAAAUAUAAGGUUUGGCUACAAAGAACCUUAAUUUUCUUAAAAAAACUGGAGCAUGCCAAUAAAUUGGUAGAGUGCCAAUGAUUGGGUGGUUUACCCUAUAAACUAUCUAAUCUAAUAGCAAACCAUGCAGAGCUAAUUUUGGAUCAAUUUUUGUGUUUGUAAAUAAAAUUCUUUACUAACAGUGUUUUUGUCACCGAUAAGUUUUCAUGUGUGCGAUAUUUUUAACUAUUUCUAUAACAUAGAACAGGGGGCGUAGUGUGAGUUUACGUCAAACGCAUUCGAUGUCAUGUCGACUGCGUAAAAAAUGUCAUUAAAUGUAUGACGGAUUGUACAGCGCCCCUAGCGGAAACUUUCAAGAACUAAAAUCUUUAUAGAUUUUUUUUGACGCACUCGAUAUCGAAUAUUUGAAGUAAACUCACACUACGCUUCCAUCAAUCUGCGGUCAUUCAAACGAACGCAACCCGCACCUGUAAGUUUAGAAUAUUUAGCUUAUUCCCAUUGUCCCCACCAGAGUUUUUCUUGGGUGGAAACUUAUUUUCGUUAUUUCCACCGGUGGGGACAGCGGGAAUAAAAAUAUAAUACAUUUUAAUUAUUUAAUUUAAUUCCCGUUAUUUCCACUGGUGGGGACAACAGGAAUAUACCAAAUAUGGUUAGUUCAGUAGCAUUAUCCUCACUGGUGGCGUUACAGCAACUCAUUCCCAAUACCACCGGGGGGACAGUGGGAAAGUAAAAUAGAUUUAGAUGAUAGCAGCGAGAUUUUUAAUGUUGUACGUCUCUGAACAUUAUACUAUUUUUUAGUAAAUUUUGCAAUGUUUUGUAACCGAGCAAUAUCAUGUAAUAUUUUAAUAUUGUUAAUGCCAUUUAAUUUAUAGAGAAUUAUACUGUUGAUAUCUUUUGUACAAAUAAAGAGGAUAUUUUAUGGUAUUAUUUGUUUUAUUUUUAGUAACCAAUAAGUUCGUAAUCUAUUAAUUAAUGAGUAUCUCUAAAUAACUACAAAUCUUUGCUAGGGGUACACUUAGUAGUUACUGUAUAAUCAAUGUAAAAAGUGCUUAUUCCCGUUGUCCCCGCUGGUGGAAUUUUUUUUUUAAUUCCCAUUGCCCCCACCGGACUGAGGAGAGGGGACAAUGGUAAUUAAAAAUAUAAUACAUUGGAGCUACCAGUGCAGUAGAGAUAACGGGAAUAAACCGCAAAAAGGAGUUGACUUCACAAAUAAUCAUUAUUUUUUGUAUGCAAAAUUAGGUAAGUAGGUAUUCCUAAUAACAUGAAAAUUAAAAUAGCCAACUUUACGACAUACCGCCUUCAAUUAAAUUUUAACUGCCAUUUUGUUAACUCGAUCCAUGAGUAUGUAAUCAAAGAAAUAGAAAAUGUUCGUGACUUUCAGCACAUUGUGUUUCAUGGUAACAUUGCACCAAAAUAACUGCUACAGUGUACAUUCCAAAUUGCCAGAAGUGUACGGUGAAAACGUGUAUUCUCAUCUCAAAUUCAAGCAUAUAAAUGCGAUUUGUAACAACAGAGUUGAUAUUUGUUCGUCGAAUAACACGAAAAUAUGCGCUAUAAGGGUAAAGGAUAAAAAAGAAGAGUUUAAAAACUUUAAGAACUCUUGUUUUUUGUUUUUGAGCAACAUGUGUGACAAUCCUGGAGAAGAGUUCCACAUCAUAGAAGAUGACACGUGCGAAGUUUACCUCGAAACUCGGCGCAUUCGACGCAGAAACUCGAAAUUGAAUACUACAUCUUCCCCUUCUAACGCCACAAAGAACGCAACAUUCCCUACCCACACCUCGCCUGCCCUCAACCUUCGCUCUGGCACCACCGUGAGCAUCCUAUACGACAUCGACACGGCCUUUGACUACCACGUGUGCCCCCUGUCUUGCCCAGAGACGUAUUCCCCUGUCUGCGUGAGCGCGAACAGAGGCGCGGGCAAGUACUUCAAGCUGCUCACGUUCGUCAACCACUGCCAGGGGGACGUGUACUACUGCAAGCACUUCGACGAAUUCGCACCGCCGCCAGAUGAGGAGGAAGAGAAUGUGAACAGUUCUCCGCUAAGCUGGUCCUACUGCGGGGCUUACAGGUACAUGCAAUUCGCUCGUUUCUCCGAGGUGCUUUCCUCCAUGGGCCACUACGGCUGGCUGGCCGGCGACGAGCGCUACUCCGCCAUCUUGGCACCUGAGCAGCGACGCCCGGGGUACGGGUAGAGAACCCACUAAGUAAUAAAAGUAAUUUAUUUAAAAAAAACUUUUUUCUUUGAUUUUAGUUUUGUGCGAUUGGGUGACGUAAGAUAC